GCCUUUGCGUUGCUGCGUGGAUCACUGAGCAGCAGGGAACACUUUGUGCGUGGAUAUUUUCUCGCCACUUCUUCUGGAGGAAUAUUAUUUCUAUUUUAUUUAACUUUUUACAGAUUUGCCUGGAAAAUGGAUUUAUACAUUUGCAUUUCCGUGUUUUCUGUGAUGUACACCUGGAUCUUGUGCACAGUUCUGUCUGCGCCUGUGGGAGAGAAGCACUCACUCAUCCCCUCCACGAGAUCCACUCUCACUCACGGGGGACAUGUGCGGAACAAGCGCUGCUCCUGCGCCACUUUCCUGGACAGAGAGUGCGUGUACUUCUGCCACCUGGACAUUAUAUGGGUCAACACACCUGAGCGCGUGGUCUCAUACGGACUGGGCAACGCUCCCAGGACGAAGCGCGCGACGCUGGACUCCAUGGCAACCAGGAGCGGACCGCGCUGCCAGUGUUUGCGCGAAAAUGACAAAACAUGCAGGAGCUUCUGUCGACUGGACCAAACCAUCAGGUCUGAGACAUCGCCUGCCACGGUGAUCCGCUCUGCCCAGGGCGAAGGCUGCACUGAGCCACAGUGCAAACACAAGCUGGCGGCUGACACGAGCGGGAUUAAGAGCGUGGAGAACAAGAAGCAGGUGUCACCAUCAGCAGCGCUGAGGGCGGCCUCGAAAACCCGCCAGCUGUUGGAGAAGUGGAUGGUGCAACUGCGCCACAGGGUGAGGACGUGGCAGGGCGAGAGCACGGCCUCCUAAGAAGACUAGAUGCCCUUCACACCUUGUCACACGGACGGGGAAAAGGGUUUCGCAACCACAGGCGACUUCUUAGAAGCCACGUGCAAGUGGGGAGAGCCAGCGCUAAGGCCAGCGAACUAACUUCACGUCGGCCGCGGGGUCACAAUGCGUCUGCAGCAGAGUGUGUACGACUCAUCGGACGCGUGGACGAGGUCAGAGAAAAGACGGGGAGUUCAAGUGGAAAAAAAAGGACAUAAGCUGAAGAGAGGCGCCAGCUUCAGUCUGCACAGUCAAGGACGUUGAUUGCUCUGUGGUCGGACUCUGUCGCUCCUAAAAAAAAACCAAAGCAUUUCAAAAACUUGACUUUCCUGAAAGGAUUUAAAGCUGCAGUGUGUAACCUUUCAGAAACCAUGUAACAUCAUUUGCAUGCGGUGUCCUUCAUCUGAUAAUAGGCUCUGUCAAGCAAUACUAUCAGACCUGACUGAGGGAGCGUUUGUGUGUA